AUGGUUUAUGACUCCCUGGUGAACGCUUCGCUAGUAGUGGAAUGCACAAUGGCCAAAACCAAAAAUAUUCCUCCUGCUCCUCCGAAACCAGAUUUCGAUGCAUCUCGGGAGAAACUUCAGAAGCUAGGUGAAGGUGAAGGAUCUAUGACCAAGGAGGAGUUCACUAAGAUGAAACAGGAGCUGGAGGCUGAAUAUCUGGCCAUCUUCAAGAAGACCGUGGCAAUGCAUGAGGUCUUUCUGUGCCGUGUUGCUGCCCACCCGGUCCUGCGCAAAGACUUGAACUUUCAUGUUUUCUUAGAGUACAACCAAGACCUGAGUGUACGAGGGAAAAACAAGAAGGAAAAGCUGGAGGAUUUCUUCAAGAACGUGGUGAAGUCUGCAGAUGGGGUUCUUGUGGCUGGAGUGAAGGACCUCCUGUACAGACGAGGAAGAGCAUUAGUUGAUUAUGAGAACGCUAAUAAAGCUCUGGAUAAAGCCCGAGCUAAAAACAAGGACGUCCUUCAAGCAGAAACCACACAGCAAGUGUGCUGUCAGAAGUUUGAGAAAAUCUCUGAAUCUGCAAAACAAGAACUGAUAGAUUUCAAGACACGGCGAGUAGCAGCGUUCAGAAAGAACUUGGUGGAACUGGCCGAGCUGGAACUCAAACAUGCCAAGGGGAAUCUACAAUUGCUGCACAGCUGUCUGGGGGUCCUGAAAGGGGACACUUAGGUCCUGGAGCCAGGUUCUCCAUAUAGGGCUUUCCCUGCUUUGGUCUCGUCUUCAUUCGGAAGAUGGAGGAGAGAACAUACCUGGGGUCAGUUUGUCUAAAGAGACGUCUAUACUUGCCGCUACCAGAGACACCAUACUCCCUCCAUAACCCCCCCUAAAGUGAGGCAGUCCACUGUGGAAGAUCACCUGAUCCACACAGCACAAGAUAUACGACUUCAUUUAAUCACACAUUUUUAACUUUUAAUUGUUAAUUGUUUUCCAUGGGAUUCGCUACGUCAUUCUCGUUUCGGCACUUUUUGUCCCAUUUGUUUCGUUUCGCUUGCUUUUGUUUUCUCUGUUGUAAUCUUCGAAGUUAGUUUUGGUGAUCUGUGUGUGGAUGCUGCUCAGAUAUCUUGUUCAAGUUGAGCUGAUUGUUAUUACAAUUAAAGUGUAUGGUCACUCAAAGCCUUGUACAUGUGUUAGUUUUCAUCGUAUAGCUAUGGAUCAUCGUAAUCAGACUAAUUUUCUGCAAAGCAGUUUGUUUCUCUUUUUUUCAUUCCUAACAAAUAACGCUUCAGUAUGUUUGCCUUAAAAUGUAGAUUAAUAUGACAUUGU